ACUCUGUAGCUUAAAUUUUUUAAGUCGAGUAGUUUAGACAACGAAAAUUUCUAUUAUAUAUAUGUAUAUGCACUAAGGUUCUUCGAGUACUAGAAAUGGAAUUAAGCAUAGUGGCUGAUUUCGAAGAUUUCUUUCCAUCAAUGAUUGAGAAAUUGGGAGCAGAAGGAUUCAUGGUGGAGCUUUGCGACGGGUUUAGGUCAUUGAUGGACAGGGACAAGGGAUUGAUCACGUUCGAGAGCUUGAAAAGGAACAGCGUUUCGUUGGGAUUGGACGACAUUGGAGACGACGAGAUUGUUUGCAUGUUGAAUGAAGGUGAUUUGGAUGGAGAUGGAGCUCUGAACCUGAUGGAGUUCUGUAUUCUCAUGGUGAGGCUGAGUCCGGGAUUAAUGGACAAAUCAGAGCAAUGGAUGCAUGUACAUUGUGAAUGAAAUGUAAGGAGAAAAAAUGUACAGUACCGUACCGUUUCUGUUAGCUUGGAAUAAUGUGGUUUUUUAAGAAUUGGAACUAAGUGUUUUUUUUCCUUGUAAGAAUUGAAAUUGAGUGGGAAUUAUAAACUUGAUUCCACUCAAUUUUAAUUCUUUAAGCAUCUGCUUAGUUCGCAGAAAAUAAUUUAUCGAAAAUAUU